AUGGAUGCGGAACUACCACACCUUCCCGCAGAGGUACAUCGCCUUAUCGCAGCAUAUGUCGACCGUGAGGAUUUACCAAACUAUCGGCUCGCAAGCAAACAGUUGUGCGUGAUAGGUACCGAAGAACUCUUCAACACGAUUGUCUUCCACUACAGUACUGCGAGCGUUGAUCGCCUGCAGAAGCUCAGUGCAAAUGAUCGGCUUCGAAGAUGUGUCAAGACCAUCUUCUGGGACGACAAUUUAUGGCAUAUUUAUCGCCUCGAGGGCAUGCACGAAUGGAAAUGGUACUGGGACUUCACAGCAGGUCUUUUCCUGCCCCGACAUCGCCGUAGCGACUCACAAGAGCUAGAAAAGCCGUUAUAUGCUCAGCUUGCGGAGGACCGACGAGAGUGGGAGGCGUAUGGUGACAAAGUAAAGGACGAGAGAAUCGCAAGACAAAGCAUGAGCCAGUUUGAGGCGCUUGGAAACUUUCAGAACUUGCGGUCAAUACACAUGGUCAAUGGCCAGCUCUCGCAGGCCCACCGAGGUGUGAGAAAAGUGGCGCAUGCACUACCCCGCGCUUUGCCCGUACCUCCCGUGUUGCGCAGAGGAGAAGGUAUCAACGCUUUCUAUGCGCUACCAGGGGUUGAGGCUUUCCGGACUAUACAGCAGUAUUGCAAACCCUCGCUGAGAAAACUCAAGUUGGACAGAGUACAACCUCAGGCUUUCACCUCAUGGGAGCCGGGUGAACUGCAUUGCUUAACAAGUCUGGACAUCACGAUAUUUGGGUUCUCCGGUGACUGGCGCUUCCAAAGUACUAAAUGGACUUUGGAACUACUGAUGGAAAACCUGGAGAUGUUCAUUGCGUGUCUACCAGAGCUCGAAAGUCUCAAAAUCGGCCUGGAAAACGGGCAAGCGGAGACCACCGCACCACUUGCGAGCAUUCGCCACGUAUUUGCUGCUGAAACUACAUGGCCUAAAUUACGAAAAUUAUCGUUGUGUGGGUUUUCUGCUACGCCGGAGACUUUGAUGUCACUUCUGAGCAGACACAGCUCCACGUUGAAGGAUCUCAGGCUACGCGACAUUUCCUGGAAGGCGGGCCCAAACGACGCAUCAGAACAAAAGCCUGAGGUGCCAUUGAGGUCUAUUCGGCAUUGCGCAUGGCCGGGGGUACUGCAAGAGAUAGCUGAGUGCUUGUCGCUAAAACGUGCGACUGUGUCGGGAACGCUUGGUGAAAACGGAGAUGUGCUUGGAUGGCGACUGGACAAGAACGAUGAGCUCGCCGCUGAUGUUGAGACCUAUCUCGUCAGUGGAGGGCAGUGCCCGCUGACGGCUCACAACGCUCACUUUGCGAUCGACAACUGCGAACUCCCCCCUAUCUCAGUCGCAUCCUAG